AUGUGCGCUGAAACGCAUCAUCAAUCGUUAACACUUGCAGCACAAGUCGCCGUGGUCGCAUAUGCAAUGCUACUAGAGCCUUUCGUCUCCGGGUGUCCAGGCAGCGACGUAGCGCGUGCUGUGCGUAGAGGUUGGAGAGCCAUUGGGUCAGAGACAGGGCAUGCGCAUCGCUGUCCGUUGAAUGCUGGAGAAAGAACGCUCGGUGCACUGCCAUGCGCUGUAUUCCCUCAAACUCAGAACAUGUGUUCGUCAUCACAGAGACAACCAGUCAAAGAUCCAAUUGUACGACCAGCGAUAACUGAACAUCGUAUGCCCAGUACCGGUAUUACAGUUCCAAGCACCAGAAUUCCAAAGCAGCGGUUCUUGGAUUCCGGUUCGCGGCUCCUGUUCGUUAAUCAACGGCGCAGUCAACGCCGCAUCGCCGCGCCGCCGGGAGUAGAAGGGCGCAACACCCACACGAGGAUAGAAACGUGUGUAGCAGACCUGAAACGGACGUCCUGUUGGCGGGAGGCACCAAUAACGUCGUGCACCUCUUGUCUUGUCUCCAUUCCAACCGCAGUACCGCCGGCAACCUCUCAUCCGUCUACAUUUGUAUUUCCCAAUCAGCACAACAGAGCUCAGGGUCCGAGUGCUCCCAUAAUCAGCCGCAUGGGGCACGUCCCUUCUCAAAGUGUGGCAGAGCACACUUCCCAUUUUAGUCUCCACCAACGGCGCAGCGCCGCAGCUUGUAAUGCUCCGACGAACGACGAGUAG